GAUGGCGGUAGAGCAUAACUCGCAAUCUCCUUCCGCAGCCUGCCCAACGAACAAGAUCUAAACAGCGAACUGAAAGUUAUGUCUUCGUAAACACGUGGGUUUAUUGAAAAUGCCUGUCGACACAAAACGUAUUCGUGGACCAGAGGAGUCACAGUCCCCUCUACUUUUUCUUUCCCCAGACAAAGUUCCCGAAGCCACAAGCAGGAAAGGUGUCCGAGGUAACGGCGAUGUCCGGCCCGUGUUUGCGCGCUGCGGACUCAUCAGUCAGGCGAAAGGUUCGGCUUACCUCGAGGCUGGAAACACCAAAAUCAUAUGUUCGGUCUACGGCCCAAAAGAAAUGGAACGCAAGGACGAUACAGACAUGAAAACCGGUCGCCUUGUAUGCGACUUCAGACUUGCACCGUUUUCCUGUGUUAAACGAGGUGCCUGGAUCCAAGGCAGUGAGGAAAGAGACCUGACCGCGGCGUUGCUGGAGAGCCUCCAGCCGGGAGUUUGCCUGCACAAAUAUCCGCGCUCUCAGAUCGAAGUUAAUGUCAUGGUUCUGGAGAAUGACGGUUCGGUUCUUGCACACGCGGUUACAUGCGCCUCGAUGGCACUGGCUGAUGGCGGUAUUGAAAUGUACGAUGUGGUAUUGGGCUGCACGCUGCGACAGAAUGGAGAAUCCUGUCUCGUUGACCCGUCAUACACGGAGGAGUGCGGGAACUGGCAGGCGGGAUACGGAGAGAAUCAGGGAUGUGUCACCGUAUCUCUGCUCCCCAAUCUAAACCAAGUGUCUGGUUUGAAUGCAGAGGGAGAGAUGCGGGAAGAAACGCUGACAGACGCCGUGAGAACAUGCAUGGACGGCUGUCAUAAACUCUACCCGGUAGUACAACAAGCGCUGAUAAGGGCUGUGAAAAGGAAAGCUCCCCCACCAGAGAAAUAAACUUUCUCAACAUUGGCUGAUGGUUUUGUACCUUUGUAUUUGCGUUUGUAAUAAAAUAAAAUGUUAAAUUGUUCAAAUGA